CGUAAUUCGUGAAAUGUCAAAUUUUCUCAUCCCCGCACCGCACAGUCCGCACCCCACUAAGGUAUCCGUGUUGAAAUCGAAGCGAAACAAAUGAAAAUUUGAAUGAACACAUCUAAGAAAAUAAAAUUAAGCAAGCCAUGCGUUGAUAAAAUAAAAUGCACAAUUAAUAAUAAUAUACAUUCGUGACAUUCUUAAUUAGUAAAUAGUUGGCAGCAUGUUCAAAAGUCGCGGAGAUAUUGUUUAUAAAUGUACAGUGAGACUUUUAGAGGAUACAGAGAUAUUAGAAUGUGAAUUUCACCCAAGUUACAAGGGCAAAUUCUUGUUGGAGCAUGUAUGUCAACAGUUAAAUCUCACUGAGACUGAUUAUUUCGGACUGCGAUAUGUGGAUGCUGGUGGUCAAAGGCAUUGGCUGCAUAUGGCAAAAUUAAUACUGAAACAAGUUAAAGAUGCCUCGCCAAUCCUAUUUAGUUUCCGAGUGAAGUUCUACCCGCCAAAUCCUCUAUUGCUAAAAGAAGAUGUUACUAGGUUCCAGAUAUACUUGCAGUUGAAAAGAGAUUUACUACAUGGAAGGUUAUACUGUACAGCUAAUGAGGCAGCUAUGUUGGGGGCACUUAUUAUACAAAUUGAGUUAGGCGAUUACGACCCCAAUAUCCACGUGGGCAACUAUGUAACGGAGAUGAGACUGCUGCUCAGACAAACAGAUACCAUUGAAGCUAGGAUACAGGAGCUACAUAGAGAACCAGUGGAAGGUACCCCGGGCGGCAGUGGCGGCGUCAAGGGCAUGUCGACACAGGAAGCGGAGCGCACGUUCGUGAAGAUAGCCUGCCAACUCGACACGUACGGCGUCGAUCCCCAUCCUGUCAAGGACCAUAGAGGCAACCAACUGUACCUGGGCAUCAACCACAGUGGCAUCUUAACGUUCCAGGGUAGUAGGAAGACGCACCACUUCAAGUGGUCGGAAGUACAUAAGAUUAACUUCGAGGGACGCAUGUUUAUUGUACAUCUUAAUUAUCCAGAGAAGAAGCAUACAGUAGGUUUCAAAUGUCCGAACGGGCCCGCCUGUCGCCACGUGUGGUGUUGUGCCAUCGAACAAAUGCUGUUUUUUACGUUACCGUCAUCAUCGGACGCGUGUGUGUACUCGGGCGGCGGAUUGUUUUCAUGGGGCACCAAGUUCAAGUAUGUCGGCCGCACUGAGAGGGAAAUACUCGAGAGGGAUGGACUGCUCGCGCCUAGAGAUACUCAGAAGGAGGGUUCGAGUACAGGCGGUAAGCGAAAAGCGUCGAGUGUUCCCGCUACCCCGUCCACCCCGAUGACAGGAGACUUCGGUUACAGUAGUCUCCCGCGGUCGACGCAUAGCGCGCCACUAGAGGAGAGCGGGGCUGACGAGACCUGCAAUGGUGCGUGUCUACUCAGUGGACCUGCUGUAGACAUCGCGCUAGCUUGCACCGACCACCUGCGAACUGUUCAGGAGGAGGUCAAACCACCCGCAAUUCCAUCAGAAUAUAGUCUGCGUGACUCAUUCGAACACUCGUCGUCGGAGUCAGGGGUGACUUCAGGAGGUUUGGUGCCUGAGGGCAGCACGGAGCCAGGGUGGAGGCCGGCGGGGGGCGCAGGGUGGCGAGCUCUCAGUGCAGUGCGGGCCUUCGCGGCGUGUUUCUUAGUCGUAUGGCUGGCACUGGCACUACUAGCGCUGCUCCUCUUCGAGACGGAGUUGUCGGGGCUCCACGCGCUCCGCCGCGCCCCCGAGCUGGUGGCCCUCCGCCGCCACUACUACACGCCCCUCAAACACUACUUCAAGCGCAAGGUCGUCGAUUUGUUCUGAUUCUCGCUCCACCCUCCACCACACGAGUGUCAAAUUUUACAGCCACGUUACUUUAUAGGGGUAGGGUCAGUUCCCCACGCAUACUACUCAGCUUCUCAUAAAUAAUCUGUAAAUACUUUCUCAACAUUUUCAAAUAAUUUAUUUCCAUACAAUUUUAAAUCUACAAAUCUAUUCUGUCCAUGAUAAUUGUUUAUGUCGAUGUAUGUGUGUGGGGGAUGAGUCAACGAGUCUUAUUUGUACAAAAUGUCUGCGUAGCUAGACGUAAGUCACCGCUAUACGCUUUCUUAUAGUACAAUUACUUUGUAAGCUAUCACUAGUUUCUCGCACGGCACAAGGAUUUGUGAGGAUUUCUACGUUCCUAAUUAUUUUUCAUACACGGGCCUACUGCUUAGAUCGGCCUUACAGUGCACUCAGACGGACGACGCGAUGUCCACACUCGGGAGUGUG